CCGCUUCAGUCAAACCACGGUUUCAAAAACCCGCUCCGACGCUCUCAGAGGGGCUGUUCGUGGCUGCAGAGCCCCGCGGCCCCGGCAGGGCGGUGUUGGCAGCCCGCAGUUCGGUGCCCGCCCCGGGCAGGCGGCUUUCAGCAAGGCGGGUUGCUCUCAUUACGCAGUUGUGGAGGUCAGCUCCUUGUUUGGACAUCUCCAGGAAGAGCUCCCACUGCCUCCUUGCUUCAGCUCGCUUCCCCGGCGCUGCUCACAGCCUGCUGCCACCGUGAAACCCGCAGCUCGGCCUUCUCGUUAAGUUCCUGGCAGCUUAACUUGUUUGCAUGAUUUAUCUCAAACUAAAUACUCCUCGCAUCAAGGAUGUUGAUUCUUCUGGCUUUCAUUAUUAUAUUUCACAUAACUUCAGCAGCGCUGUUGUUCAUCUCAACUAUUGACAAUGCCUGGUGGGUAGGAGAUAAUUUUUCUACAGAUGUCUGGAGUGCAUGUGCCACAAAUAAUAGCACCUGCACACCUAUUACUGUUCAGUUCAGAGAAUAUCAAUCAAUUCAGGCUGUUCAGGCCUCCAUGGUCCUAUCUACAAUUUUCUGUUGUGUGGCAUUUCUGGUUUUCAUUCUUCAACUUUUCCGUCUAAAGCAAGGAGAAAGAUUUGUGUUAACCUCUAUUAUCCAGCUCCUGUCAUGUCUGUGCGUUAUGAUUGCAGCUUCCAUUUACACAGAUAGGCAUGAGGAACUGCACAAGAGCACUGAAUAUGCCAUUGAAGUUUCUGAAGGCCAAUAUGGCUAUUCCUUCGUCUUAGCCUGGAUUGCGUUUGCCUUUACUCUGAUCAGUGGUGUUAUGUACCUAGUAUUAAGGAAACGUAAAUAAAUGUUGGCAGCUAGUUACUACUGUCACGACAGUACAAAACCAAAUUCCAAUAACUAUUUUGUAUAUAAUCAUUUACAUGGUUUUGUAGUAAAGGUAUUGUUUCUCUAAAAA